AUGGUGAGAGACGUUUCUAGUUUAGAGACAAUGCCUCCAACAUGUACUUGGAAGAAGAAAAGCUUGGUUCUCGUCUACCUGGAUAAUGACAUCAACGACGGUUUCAUUGCUGAUGAGGAUAAGUUUUUCAUCACUGCAGCACUGAUCGACAGGAAAGAUGUCAACGACGAAUCUUACAACAUGUAUCAAAGAAACCCGUCUGGUCAUUCUACAUCUUGUAAACUCAAUAGAAAAAAAACACUUGCCUCAAAUGACAACACAAUCAAGACAGGACAACGAUGUCUGCUUAUGGCUAAAGGAACCGCAACAACGAAAACGUGGCGUGAUCCGAAGAGAGAAAGCGAAGUCGUAAAUAACCACAACCUGGAACCAAUGACACGUCGAAUUAGCAACACUAAAAUUUGCGUAGCCUUGUCCAAUCCCUCAGCGGUUGACGACCUGAUAUCCUCAUCUAGGCUUCUGCGUUCAUCAUCAGGUACCAAGCACAUCUACAUCAACCAUGACCUGUCAAAAAGACAAGCUGAAAAGGGUUUGAUCCGACCGUUUAGAAUGGCUUUGGCAAAUGUUAGAAGUCUUCAGAAUAAACGAAAUGAUUUGAAUGUAUUUUUAUCAGAAUACGAUCCUAACAUUUUUCAGUUAUCGAAACAUGGCUUUCACCAGAAGAUCGUGACGAAUUGUUUUUACCUACUGGUUUCAGUUUUGCUAGAAAAGACCGUGGAACGCGUGGUGGUUGUGUGGCUUUCAUAA